AAAAUAUGCAUUAAAAAGACAAAGAAGUCUCGAAUCCACCCACAACCAUCGAUAGGCAGACGGCUCCGGAGUACGAUACCGCAACGCAUGCAACCGUAAAGUGUGGAGGCGGCGUUUUCGUUGUUGUGUCAAAACAAUAAGCAAAAUAUCAGCACAGCACCCCCACUUGGCCACCGAAGAUAACGGCAAAGAGCAGAGAUUAGGACUUUCCCCUUAAGAAGCAGCACCGGAACCCAGAUCCCAAUCAGUGAUCCCCGAAGAGCAAAGCAGGGAGCGGCAAUGAAAAUCACAGUGACCACCAGCGAUGACAAGGUCUUCUGCUUGGACGUGUCCCAGGAUCUGGAGCUGGAAAAUCUCAAGGCCCUCUGCGCGAUGGAGAUCGGUGCGGAGGUGGCCCAAAUAGUGGUCAUAUUCAACGGGCGCGAACUUUCCAACGACAAACAGUCGCUGCAACAGUGCGGCGUCGGCGACGGGGACUUCAUUAUGCUGGAACGACGCAGGAGCGCCAAUCGCUCAGGUGGCGGGAAUCCAGCGAUCAGCACGCUGGACUUCAGCAGCAUCGCAGUGCCGGGCACGAGUUCCGGCGGCAGUCCGCCUUCGCGGAGUGGCCACCAGCAUGGAAUGCUGCCGUCGCAGUUCAACAACCUCACAGACUUCCCCACGACCAAUGAGUUUAACGUGAACUUCGACGACGAUCCGGCGACGGUGCGCCAGAUGUUCCUGUCCAGACCCGAGACCCUGUCGCUGCUCCGGCAGAACAACCCGCGUCUGGCGGAGGCCAUCGACUCCGGCGACCAGGAGACCUUCGCCCGGCUGCUCCGCGAGCACAUUACGGAGCGAAAGCGACGCAACGAGCAGCGCAUGCGCAUGCUGAACGCCGAUCCCUUCGACGAGGAGACGCAACGUCUGAUUGCCGAGGAGAUCAAACAGAAGAACAUCCAGGAUAACAUGGCGGCAGCCAUUGAAUACAAUCCGGAGAUCUUUGGCACGGUCACCAUGCUUUAUAUCAACUGCAAGGUGAAUGGGUUUCCGGUGAAGGCCUUUGUGGACUCGGGCGCCCAGACGACAAUCAUGAGCAAGGACUGUGCGGAACGCUGCCAUGUCAACCGGCUGAUCGACACGCGUUGGAAUGGCAUUGCCAAGGGCGUGGGCACACAGCCCAUUCUGGGCAGGGUGCACAUGGUCCAGCUGCAGAUUGAGAACGAUCAUUUAACGUCCAGCUUCACUGUGCUCGGCCAGCAGCCCAUGGACAUGUUGCUGGGCCUCGAUAUGCUGAAGCGACAUCAGUGCCUGAUUGACUUGCAGCGGAAUCUGUUGAUAAUCGGCACCACCGGAACGGCGACGCCGUUUCUGCCGGAGAGCGAGCUGCCGGUCAGUGCCCGGCUCACCGGAAACUCAGAGGAAGCGAUGGAGCAGGAGGCGAUUGCCAAUGCCAUUGAGCAAAGCAAGCGGGAGGGUGGUGGCGGUGGCGCUGGCGGCGGACCCAAUACAAUUCAACCGCUGGAUCAAUUCACCGAACAGGACGUCACCGAUCUCAUGGCCCUGGGCUAUCCACGCAGCGAUGUGCUCACCGUGCUGCGGCUGUGCGGCGGCAACAAGCAGGCGGCCAGCUCCGUGCUGCUCAAUCGCAACGCCGCCGCCUCCGGGGCCGAACUCAGCUGAACGCGGCUAGAUCCUCAGCACACACACCACCUCAAGCCGAAAUCGCCACAGCCACAGAAAGAAAUUGGAUUGCAAUAGGAUGAUAAACACACACACACACAGACAGACACACACAUACAGGAUGCCGUUCCAACGAAAUACUCCAUGCAAUACCAAAUAAAAAAGGAGCCACGCCACAUAUAUAAAGUCAAGCAUACGAACAGUAAGAGGACAACAACACAACAACACGUGCAACAAACAAAAAAGCAAUGAAAACAGAAACGAAAGCAAAACCCUUCUAAUUUAGUGAAAUUUUUAUAAACUGAAGCCACUUUUUUAUACGAAUCGUUUGUUACGAUGUACAAUAGCUAAUUAGGGUGCAUUUUUCCAGCAGCGGAUCAUUUUUAAAAACAGAACUAGGGAUGGUUUUUUUCUAGAGAAUAUUGAGAGGAGGAAUACAGUAGGCGAUUUAAUCUAAAAUUAAGACAAAAGUAACGUAUUUAAUGGAUGGAUCUGGACGGUGAUGGAACAAAACCAAGCCACACCACAUCAACGAAAACAUAAACUGUAUUAAGCGAACAUACAAACAAAUUACGAAAGAAAAAGUAUGCCUGACUAUUUAAAAUAUAUUACAAUUAUACACAUGUAAACAUUAUAUACAAUUUGAACUAGUAUUAAGGCUCUAUCAAGCAAAACUGAAUUGGGUUCAAUAAAAGGUCGAAAGUAUUGUUUUGGAUUUGAAAAAAAAAAAUAAAUAAAUAAACAACAA